CGGAAGGAAGGCAGACGGACGAAGUCAUGAACUCCCCUCUCCGUUAACGCUCUCCUCCUCUCGCUUGAAGUUCCGCCUUCACACACCCCCACCCACCCCGUCCCGGACCGUCGCAAAUAACAUAUAUUAAAGAAAGUUAUUCCCCCUCCCUCUCUGUUAUCGUGUGUCAGCGCGGGCUGCGACUAUGAUGGCGGCGGAUGUGGGGAAUGAAUGCCUGCUGGCGACGGCGGUGACGGUGGCGGCGGCCCCGGGCCCGGGUGGAGACGGCGACCCUGUUGCCUUCCAGCCCUCGCCGUCAGAAGUAUCGGGCUUCGGCCAGCUGGACGCCGAGUCGACGUCGCCGGCUUCGGCCUUGGUCUCACUGCUGUCGGAUCCGGUGGCGGCCGCCGGUUCUGCCGCCCCUCUCGCCGCUGCUGCUGGUGCCCCCGCCGCCCUCCCCUUGCCCCCGGACGAAGUGGAUUCUUUUGAUGGCCACGAAUUUGAAGAGGAAGAGGUGGAGAUCCCGCUGAUGGCACCCCCGGCCAACCAGUGGUAUCAUGGAAAACUGGAUCGUACGAUUGCUGAAGAGCGCCUUAGUCAGGCAGGUCGACCAGGAAGUUACCUCAUCAGAGAAAGUGAUCGAAGACCAGGUUCAUUUGUGCUUUCGUUUCUAAGUAAAACAGGCGUGGUCAAUCAUUUCAGGAUCUUUGCAAUGUGUGGAGAUUAUUACAUUGGAGGACGGCGGUUUUCUUCGCUUUCAGACUUGAUUGGUUACUAUAGUCAUGUGUCCUGCCUAUUGAAAGGGGAGAAGCUUUUGUUUCCAGUAGCACCUCCAGAGCCUGUUGAGGAUAGGCGAAGAGUUCGUGCUGUCCUGCCAUACACUAAAGUGCCAGAUACUGAUGAAAUUAGCUUUCUGAAGGGGGAUAUGUUUAUUGUUCAUAAUGAACUAGAUGAUGGAUGGAUGUGGGUGACUAAUUUGCGAACUGACGAGCAAGGCCUCAUUGUGGAAGAUUUGGUAGAGGAAGUGGACCGUGAAGAAGAUCCACAUGAAGGAAAAAUUUGGUUUCGUGGGAAGAUAUCAAAGCAAGAGGCAUAUAAUCUAUUAAUGACAGUGGGCAAAAUAAGUAGCUUUCUUGUAAGACCAUCAGAUAACACACCAGGCGAUUACUCUCUAUAUUUUCGGACAAAUGAAAACAUUCAACGAUUUAAAAUAUCUCCAACACCAAACAAUCAGUUUAUGAUGGGUGGCCGGUAUUACAACAGCAUAGAGGAAAUCAUUGAGCACUAUAGGAAAGAACAGAUUGUGGAAGGUUAUUAUCUUGAAGAUCCUGUCCCCCUGCUGAAUCAAGAACAAGUUGUUGAAGAUUCUGUUGAUGGUAGAGAAAUAUACAAUACAAUCCGGCGCAAGCCAAAGGAUGCACUUUAUAAGAAUAUAGUAAAGGAUGGCUACCUCUGGAAAAAGAGCAAAAGUAAACGAUGGAAAAACUUGUACUUCAUUUUGGAAGGGAAUGACUCCCAACUAAUCUACUUUGAAAGUGAAAAGAGAGCUACAAAGCCAAAAGGAUUAAUUGACCUCAGUGUUUGUACUGUGUAUGGAGUUCAUGACAGUCUGUUUGGCAGGCCAAACUGUUUUCAAAUAGUAGUGCAGCACUUUAGUGAAGACCAAUACAUCUUCUAUUUUGCAGCCGAAACUCCAGAACAAGCACAGGACUGGAUGAAAUGUCUGCAAGCAUUGUGCAAUAACUUAAAGAAACCUCUGGCACCAGCUUCUAAUAAACGUCUUCGGCAGGUCAGCAGUCUGGUUUUGUAUGUGGAAGAAGCCCAUAAACUACCAGCCAAAUAUUUCACACACCCUUACUGUAACAUCUACUUAAACAGUAUUCAGGUGGCAAAAACUAAUGCCAGGGAAGGCCAGAAUCCUGUAUGGACUGAAGAAUUCAUCUUUGAUGACCUUUCAUCAGAUAUAAACGUAUUUGAGAUUAGUCUCAGUAACCGAACAAAGAAGAGCAAAGAUCCAGAUAUCUUAUUUAUGCGCUGCCAGUUGAGUAGGCUACAGAAAGGACAGAUGAUCGAUGAAUGGUUCCCUCUCAGUUCAUAUUUUCCACUAAAAGGAAUUGAGCCAGGAUCUUUACGUGUAAGAGCACGAUAUUCAUUGGAAAAGAUAAUGCCAGAAGAGGAAUACAGUGAGUUUAAAGAGCUUAUUCUUCAGAAAGAAUUUCAUGUGAUAUAUGCAUUGUCUCACGUCUGUGGCCAGGAUCGCACAUUACUGGCCACCAUUCUGCUACGAAUUUUUCGGCAUGAGAAGCUUGAAUCAAUGUUAUUACGGAUAUUAAAUGACAGGGAAAUCAGCAUGGAAGAUGAAUCUACUACGCUUUUCCGUGCCACAACUUUGUCAAGCACACUUAUGGAACAAUACAUGAAAUCAACAGCAACACCAUUUAUCCAUCAUGCUCUGAAAGAAACCAUUCUAAAGAUAAUGGAGAGUAAACAAUCAUGUGAGCUAAAUCCUUCUAAACUUGAAAAAAAUGAAGAUGUGAACACUAAUUUGACACACCUAUUAAGUCUCCUGUCUGAAUUGGUGGAAAAAAUUUUUAUGGCUGCAGAAGAACUUCCUCAGUCUUUAAGGUUUAUUUAUGGAUGUUUACAAAAAUCUGUCCAACAGAAAUGGCCACAAAAUCAUACCAUGAGAACCAGAGUUGUCAGUGGAUUUGUUUUCUUGCGGUUGAUUUGUCCGGCUAUUCUCAAUCCACGGAUGUUCAACAUCAUUUUGGAUCCUCCGUCCUCCACUGCUGCAAGGACUCUCACACUUGUUGCAAAGUCUCUUCAAAACUUAGCAAACCUGGUGGAAUUUGGAGCUAAGGAACCCUACAUGGAAGGUGUGAAUCCAUUCAUCAAAAACAACAAGCACCGAAUGAUUAUGUUUCUAGAUGAGUUAGGGAAUGUCCCAGAGGUUCCUGACACUACAGAGCACUUUAGAAUUGAUUUGUCUCGUAACCUGGCAGCUUUACAUGAAGUUUGUGCAGCACAUUCAGAUGAACUUCGCACCCUAAGUAAUGAACGGGGAGUCCAGCAGCAUGUCCUGAAAAAACUUCUGGCCAUCACAGAAAUGUUACAACAAAAACAAAACCACUACUCUGCAUCAAACAGGUAGCAGCUUUCAUUCUCGGAGAACUCUGCAUGGAUCAUUGGACAGCUCACUGCAAUCUCACUUUCUGAUGUACUUCUGAGAAAACACCGUGUAGAACAUUCCUUUUACCAUGCAAACUAUGCAACAGAAAAAAAAAAACUGGUGGAUGUUUUCAUCAGUAACUUAGUAAGCUAUUUGUGCAGGUCGCCUCUUGCACUUACUUCUCUGAACCAAUCAAUCGCUGUUGAGCCUUGAUGUACAAGUCACCUUUCAUAAACCUAAUAGACCUUUAAGGUGUUUAAUAUUUCAAUUUGCCAAAGUUCCCAGCAUCUAUCAAGAGCUGUACAGAAUGCCAGUCAACUGACAAGGUGAAGAGACUAGUUCAAUUACCUGUUGUGUAACUGGAUUAUGAGCUGUACAGUGUAAUAUAAUGUAAUUUCUGACUGACUACUUUUAUGGUUAAGAUCGCUUACGUCUUUAUUCUUUGGUUAUCUUUUGCAGUUUAUUGGAAAUGUCUUUUAAAUAUCAAGAUUCCUCACUAAAGACCGGUUAUUUUUUAUAGAAAAAAAAUCUACAACAAGCAUUCAUUACAUGUUGACAAUGAAUGUGGAGAGAUCACAACAUUUGUUGUGGUACUAAUUUUGAUUGGUUUAAUUACACUAUGAUUGACUACAACAAUGGAAAAAAAUGUCAAAGUCGUGUAAUCAAAAGCUUUGUAUGUAUCAGGUUUACAACUAUAAACACAUUCAAUAGUUGAAUAAAUUUAUUGAUCAUUUAUUGGAAAAGCAUGCACUUAUUAAACCAUUUUGUAAAGAAAAUUGUUACACUGACUUGUUUCAAUAAAUGAUAAGCAAGUGUUGAAUUGAAAUUGGUUCAAACCCCAUUAAAUACUUUUUUUCAUUAACAUUGGAUCAGAUGCAGUGACUGAAUUUCAUAAAGAAAAUUAAUCUGAAUGAUAAGAUGAGAAUGUAGUUUCAACUAAAUUUGUAAUUAGUUUUAAGCUUUCACGUUUUAAUUGUGUAAAUGAGACUUCUGUUUCCAACAAAACUUAAUAAGUAGGCAGGUAGAUUUCCCUUGCAUUCCUCAUUCCCUUGUUCUACUGCCACUAUGUAACUAUGUACUAUAGACUAUCAGCCUAUUUUUUGUUUUAUCACUGUACAAGGAUUUUCAGUUAAGUUCUCCAAGAUUACAAUGACAUCUUGAUCCACUGGGCCAGUGAUCUUAAUCUGAUGAAUGUGUGGUGUUGCAAUUUCAUAAGACAAUGGUAUAACUUGAACAAUAAAUGAUGGGACCCUGGAGCGGGGUGCUACAGUGAAGGACACUUGCCUUGAAUGGUCAGGGCAUCGAGUACAGGCAUGGAAUGUCAUGUUACAACUGUACGAAUCAUUGGUAAGGCCAUAGUUGGAGUACCGGUUCUGGUUACCCUGGUGUAGGAAAGAUGCUAAACUGGAAAGAAUAAAAAAAACAAUUUGAAGAUGUGACUCGAGUUGAGUUACCAGGAGAAACUAAAUAAACAAGGACAUUUUCUCUUGUGUAGAAGGUUGAGAGGUGACCUUAGAGGUUUCUAAAAUCAGGAGCAGCAUUAAAAUGAGAGGGGAAAGAUCUUAAUGGGAUCAGUGAGGCGAGAGAGAUUUUCUCUUGAGGUGGAGGUGGCUGUAUAUUUUUGGGCUUUGUAUUUAUUGAGAUACAGCAUGGCAUAGGGCCUUUGAGCUAUGCUGUCCAGCAAUCCUCAAUUUAAUCCUAGUUUAAUCAUGGGUCAAUUUACAAUGACCAAUUAACCUACCAAUUAGUACAUCAUUGGCCAGAGGAAACCCCUGGGGAGAACAUACAAGCUGCUUACAGGCAGCCACUGUAUGCAUUUAUACAGGGACACAAAUAAAUUAGGUGUAACUAGUCCAUUUAUUUGUGGCAAGAUUUAAUUUGUAAGUUUAGUCUGGAAAGUUUGUUUUGUGACAGGUUUCACUUCUGCAGUGUGGCCAAACAAAUGUGAUGAUGACAAAGGAAAUAAGAGUUGUGGAUUAUAGCAGAAGCCCUUAGAACUCUGUAAACAGCACAUUUUCUGCCUGCUCCACAUUUUCACUGUCAGCAUUGAUUUCACUGUAUAUUUGCUUCAGUUAGAUUUAAAGAAUUCAGACAAAGGCCACUGUGGUAAAUGGCAAGUUAUAAUGCAGGUAAUUAGCAACACAAGACAUUUAAUAGAUUCUAUUAAACACAAUGUUUUUUGCUAUUUCAACUCACUAAUUUUUGUUUAAUAUGAAAUAUCAGCUUUCAGUGAGCAGAGAUUAUUUUAGACAAAGCUUCUUUCUUUCUUCUGCUGACUGAAGCAAAAUGGCUGCUUUAGAAUAAGGUGGGUGGCAGGGUUGGGGAAGUGGGUGUGAAGCUAUACUCCGCAAUCUGGAUAUUCAGAAAGCCAGAUGGUUUGGCACUUCCAAGUCAUUCCACACACCAAUAAAACUGAUCCUCACACUUUAAACUUGAUUCAUUAUGUUUCACAGGAUAAUGAAUUUUUCAAACAAAAAAAAAUGAAUUGUUAUUUUAAAACUGCAAACACUGGAAUUUCAAGCAUCAUACAUAAAAGUUGCUGGUGAACGCAGCAGGCCAG